AUGGAGUCCCGACGUUUGUCACUCAUUUUCAAAGCCGUACCGAUUCUCUAUCUGGUGUAUCUCCUCCAUCUGGCCGUCAAACAGAUAUCUUUCGACCACUUCCUUGGCUCUUCAUCCAUCUCAUUCAACGACUUCCCCUUUGAGUACACCACAGCACUGCAGCAAUCGACUGCCGACCGGCAAAAGUUGCAAUACGACUAUACUUCCUACCCUCCAUCCCCAUCCCCCGACUACGACAUUCCGCCUGCGAUCCACUUCAUAUUCUUCGAGAACCUCUACGAAACCCAUACUGACCGCACCCUCAUUCCCUCCAUGGGCUCAAAAGCUCCUGAGCUCUGCCAAUUUCACAACCCAAACUUCACCAUCACAACCUGGAACGCCUCCGCCUCCCGCGCCCUGCUCGAAACGCAUUACCCCUGGUUCCUCCCGACGUACGACUCCUACCGCUACCCCAUCCAACGCGUCGAUGCUAUCAAAUACUUCAUCCUCUACCACUUCGGAGGUAUCUAUAUGGAUUUGGACAUCGCCUGUCGGCGACCCCUGACGCCUUUGCUGAGGUGGCCUGCAUGGCUGCCGAAGGCUACACCCUUGGGGCUUAACAAUGACUUGAUGGCCAGUCGAGCGAAACAUCCGUUGAUGGAAAGAAUGGUGAAGAGAUUGAUGCCGAGGAAUAGGUGGUUGGUGUUUCCGUAUGUGACUAUCUUUUGGAGUACUGGGCCACAGUUUGCGAGUGACAUGGUGAAGGAGUGGUGGUCUGCAGGAGGGGCGAAGGGAACUGAUGCUGACAUUGUUCGCGUCCUGCCAUUGGAGUUCUACUCGGAAGAGUACACUUUCUUCGGUCACAGCCCUGGUGGCACGUGGCACGAAGACGAUGUCGCAGUUGUGCUUUGGCUCGUCGAUCGGCCCUUGCUCGUUGUCGGACUGGCAGCUCUUGCGCUGCUUGCUUGUUUGGCACAAAUGAUACCCUCGCAAGACCUUCAAGAUGUGCAUGCAAUUCUCGAUGCACUUCAAGCGGACGACUUGUACGUGAAGGAUCUCGAUCUCGGUCAUUGA